AUUGUUAAAUUCCAAAAAUUUGUUAAAUUCCUGAACCCAAAGACCACAUUACCAUCAGAUAGGACAGUGGCAGGUACUGCUCUAAAUGAUGUUUGUAAUGUAUAUUUUAAUCAUGUAAAGACACAUUUGCAAAAAUGUCCUAAAAAUGUUACAUUAUUAACAGAUAUGUGGUCUGACAAUUAUAAACGUCUUUCUUACAUAAAUAUUAAAAUACAUUAUUGUAUAGAGUUUGAGAUUAAAAUAGUUACCUUAAAAACAGAAAUUUUUCCAAGACCACAUACUGCAUUAGCAGUAUCAGAAAAAAUGUAUGAUGCUUUGGUGAAAUUUAAUUUGCAGCAAAAAGAUAUAUGUGCGGUAACAGAUGGAGGAAGCAAUAUCGUGGCGGCUUUAAAAUUAAAAAAUAUCAACCGCUUUGGUUGCACAGCCCACAUAUUGCACCGAUUUUUAAGCCACGACUUGCUUCACCAUGAGAGGUUUUCUCAUAUAAACAAAAUUAUUUCAAAACUCAAACAAAUUUACCGGAGCCUUAUAAAUUUACAAAUAAGUAUUCAAAUCUUAACCUAA